UAUCUAUUCUCCUUUUCUUUCUUUCUUUUUUUUUUUUUAUCUUAUUGUUUUAUUUAUUUAUUUCUUUUUAGAAAAAUGACUCGAGGCCUUGAAUUAGAUGUCUCCUUUUUAUCUGGUGAUACCUCAGAAGUAAAUCUACCAGAAGGUUGGGUAGUAAAAGAACGUAAACGGUCACUAGUUGAAGUAGAAACCAAUAUCCGUACUCUAGGACAAUUAUUUCGUACAUUGACUGAUCUCAAGAAACAGUUACCUUCUCCUGUGGCGGCGGCGGUGGAAAACAAUAAUACUAUUAGUCUUCUUGGACAACCGGUCAAAGCAAACAACCAUGACAGUGGCGAUCUUAUUCCAGUGACACCUAUUGAUCAACCUUCUUCAGCACAACAUAUUCUUUCGAAAUACCCAGCUUCUAUCUUUGAUCGGUUGAUUGAAUUACAUCUGUGUUGUUGUACAUCUUGGCGUGAUCCUGACCAGUUUAUGAUGACGUACCGUCAAGGCCGUUUGGCGCCUGGUUUGAUGUAUGCGAUCUUUGCUCAUAGUGCUAUCCAUGGCAUGAUGUGUCAUCCCGAGGCUUUCCCACAACCAUACCUGGUAUCGCUUGGACAGGAUUGUUAUCAGUUGGCAUGUGAUUGGGUGGAAUUUGAUGUCAUCACGACAAGUACGGUGGAGGCGUUGGUGACCAUGCAUUUGUAUUGUUCCUUUUUACAACAAACAACAAAUCAUCAUUUUUUUGCAUUGGCGAAACGACAUGUUGAUUAUUUGGAUGUCAAAGGUUGGGGAUUUCGUGCUUGGUUACGACGCAUUGAAUUGGCAACAACGACUUUGGAAGAUCCAUGUCCAUUUGUUUUAAAUAAACCACAACAACAACGACAACAACAAUCAUCAGCAUAUCCUACGCCCAAGAGUGAUGAUGGAUUUUUGGAUCAACAACAAAUGUGGAUGUAUUAUGAAAUCAAAGGUUGGGAAUUGAUUCAAACUUCAGCUUCUGUGUCAUCUUUACAAAGUUGGAUGGAUCAAAGUACUGCAGAUAUGGACAAUACUCCGUUAUGGCAAACAUUACGACUACAGACACUUUAUUUGGCAGGGAUCCUGAAUCGAUAUCAAGCAGAUAUGAUGGAUGUGUUUGAACGUGAUGAUCGAUGGUUAUUGGAUGAUCAAGUGACAGAUUAUUUUUCGGUGCCUACUCAGAAUCGGAUUGAACAAGGCUUACAUCGGGCCAUGUUGGCAGGUUAUAAAUUGAUUCAAGUGGUUUUAUAUUCUUUCAAGAUCAAUCAUCGAUGUUUGUUACCAGAAAUGAUGAAUAUCAUUUCUGCUGCCGUUACCAUUCUUUAUUUUGGUCAUCAAGUGACGUUGGAUGAAGUGAUUACACAACAGGCAGAACAAGCUUUAGUAGAUCUGGUUAAAACAUUUGAAAAUGAAAAGGGUAUGUUGAUGAACCCCACCAUCUCUUCUUCUGUACUGAAAUGGAAAGCCAUGGUCAAUUCAUUUGGAACAUCAAGAACUUUUUGAUUAUUAUUUUU